CUAAACAUGGAACAAGAAGAAAAAGAAAAGAACCUGGAGAAAGAAAAAGAAUCAAAUUUACUGGCGUCUACAACAGGUGCAGCUACAACAGCCACUGCUGCAACGCCAACUACAAAUGAAAAUGGUGUACACAGUAUAGACACAACCCAAGCUAUGUUUUUGCCCAUUGGGGCUUCAGUAUCACUACUUGUAAUGUUUUUCUUCUUUGAUUCCAUGCAAAUGGUAUUUGCUAUAUGCACAGCAGUUUUAGCAACCGUAGCUUUUGCAUUUUUACUAUUACCAAUGUGUCAAUAUUUACUUCGAUCGUGUUCAUCAGUCACCAAAAUCUCGUUUGGUUGUUGUGGUAGAUUUACUCCAGCCGAAUUGAUGUCCUUUGGUUUAUCUGUUGGUUUAGUUCUUGUGUGGAUCAUGACUGGUCAUUGGCUACUCAUGGAUGCUCUAGCCAUGGGUCUGUGCGUGACAAUGAUAGCUUUUGUACGUCUACCAAGUUUGAAAGUUUCUACUCUGCUAUUGGCUGGUUUAUUGAUCUAUGAUGUUUUCUGGGUCUUCUUUUCCACUUAUAUAUUUAAUGCUAAUGUGAUGGUUAAGGUAGCAACAAGACCAGCUGAUAAUCCAGUUGGGAUGGUUGCUAGGAAACUCAACUUCCCCGGUGUAGCUAGGGAUGCACCACAACUCUCAUUACCAGGAAAAUUAGUUUUUCCCAGCAUGCAUGAAUCAGGACAUUUUUCCAUGCUAGGACUUGGUGAUAUCGUGAUGCCGGGUUUACUUCUAUGUUUUGUUAUGCGAUAUGAUAAUUAUAAAAGGCAAGCUAGCAACAAUGAGAACAACGCUUACCCUGUCCAGAACGUGACUAGUUUGUCUCAAAGAUUGACCUACUUUCAUUGUUCACUCAUUGGUUAUUUCCUCGGUUUAUUAACAGCUACAAUAUCAUCAGAAGUGUACAAAGCUGCCCAACCUGCACUGCUGUAUUUAGUACCAUUUACACUGCUGCCGCUUUUAGUGAUGGCAUAUCUCAAGGGUGACCUACGAAGAAUGUGGCAUGAACCAUUCAUCAAGGCACCUGUUCCAAAAUACAUGGAUGUAUGACAGAUCAAGUUGCACAACGUGUGAUAUCCGGCCCUACCAAUUCAAAUGUAUCCAGUACUAAGGAGAAAUACACAUCGCAUUUUGAUCCACAUCAAUUCCGGAUUCAUGUGCACAAAAAGUGGUCUCUGAACACUUACGAGUGUCGGCAACAAUUGUGCCCACAACGAACAAAUUACAAGUUUGUGGUUUGGUACUUGUUAGCUGAUCAGAUAGGGAACGUGUUGAGCAUUUGAAGAGCACUAUAUCUUAUCCCCCACCGGAGACCAAUGAGUCAUCGCUGCUGUCAUCGUUUUUGUCGUGCAACAUUUCUUUUUUGGAUCAUGAACUGCUUGUGUAUACAUUAACACAUUUUUAUAUUAGAACAAAAAAAUCAUGGGAAAGAAGAAAAAAAAAAUAGUUUGUGGACUUGGGAAGCUGGUAUACAUUAAAAAAAAAGACAAGAUGUACAUAAUGAGAUGGUGCUAAACAAGAAAUGUACACUUGGAAACUGAGUUUGUAAUCUUUGCAUAUCUCCGCCAUCACAAAGCUUUGCACUCAAAUAUUUUGUGUACAUUUAAAAGUAGACUCUACCUUUGAUAUGGUCAUAUUAAGAUUCUUGCACAAAAUAUAGAGCAAUACCACCAUGGAUUGUGAGGAUUAUUACUCAGAUUUGAAAGUCAAGUAAUUAUAAUUAAUUCUGAUUUGUAUUGUCAUUUAGUACUACACUGGGUGAUCUAUGUUGAGAGAUCACUGAAAUUUUUUUGGCCGGCCGCUUUACAACUUUAAUUGUCAUUGUCGUCAUUUUUUUUUUUAAUUUUAUUGUUGACUUUCGAGUGUAGUGUUCAAAAUUUCAGUGGUUUGCCAAUGGUUAAUAGGUUACAGCUGAAAAAAAUUGCCUGCACUGGUGUGUAACUUGUAACUGUUCACUUUUUUUAAAAAACACCCUGACUGGUUGGAGGCUGGCUAAUUUUAAAAUAGCACCAUGUCAAACCAUUCGCCAAUUGUAUAUUGCUGAAUGUACAUUUCACUCUGUAUGUUGUCAGGACACAAAAUUGUCAUUAUAUAUAAUCAAGCUUCAAAUUAUACACACAAAAAAAAGAUUUUUUGUAAACUAUUUUAUCAAGAUAGGUCAUCAGUAUAUAAUUUUCUGACGCCCAUUCCCAAAAUGCUAGUCAUCAUGUCUUUAAGUUGAACCCUCCUGCACUGUUAUAAUUGUUACAAGAAAAUAAUGUGCAAUACUAGGUUUUGUCUCCCACUGUGCCGUAGCGAGGCAGCUUUGUUUACUAGUGAAGUAAUUCCUCUGCUUACUUGCAUUUUAAUGAAUCAUCCUAUCUUUUUUAAUAUUUAGUCUUUGGCUUAAUAAUUCUGUGAAAAAUUAUUUGUAUUGUUGUAGAUAAGCUUGAGAUUAUUGGUGGUGGGUAUGUACGUCCCUCGUAGAAUUGGUAUUUGUGCAUUCUUUGUGUGCUGAAUCACGAGAGCUCCACUGCUUUAUAUGUAACGGGGAGCAAAAGAACAAUGGCCGUGUACAGUAGUUGUGAAAUGUUUACAUUGACAUUUGUUUAUAUAUACACGCAUUUCCUUCAAUCAUGCUGAAUAAUAUGGUGGUUCUCGGCAUGAUCUACUUGAGAGAUUGGGAAAAAAAGUGUUUAGGAAUUAAAUGCUUGCAUUUCAGCUAACAUGCACUGUAUAUGCACUUUGAUUACAAGAAUUAUAUGUGGUUUUUGGAAUGCAAGAAAAUUGAUAAUUCACGAGUUGAAUUUUUCCUCCGUUUUCCAUGAUCUGAUUUGUGUAUAUAGGUACAUUCCGAGCCUUUCAGUUUGACAGGCGGCAUUGCAGAGGCUGAUGUCCUUGUUCUGCUUACCACUGAAAACGUGGAAGUAAUACAUGUAUGCCGAUUUGAUUGGUAGGCAUUAUUGCUCUGCACAGUAAUCACGAGUGGCCAACAUGCUGUCUCGAAGUGAGUUGAUCCAGACAUUAAUGGGACUCUAAAAGUUCCUUUCUGGUACUUUGCAUGAUCUCAAAGUAUAGUAGUGAAGCUAGUUGUCAUGGUUACUGCUUGAGUAGGAUUUGUGCGCUACUAUCAUGUUUAUGAAUUCCUUUGAGAUCAGAUACCCUGUAUGAAUGAACUCCACAUGACCUUGUUGAUGUGUUUGAAAACGUGUAAAUCAUGAUGUAGUAAUUACUUUGGAAUAAUUUAUGUAGUUAUGUUCUUGUUUUUUUCUAGAAAGAGGAUUACAAACCUAAAUUUUUAACUUAAUUGACAGAAAUGCAUUGUAAAAAAGUACUUUUAUUCAUAUUCUUGCUAUAUUCAGUUUUUAUUUUGUGGAAAUUAGAGAUUGUCUUUUCAGAUCUGUACAUGUAUCUAAAUAAAAGUAACAUUUUUGAGAAGUA